ACUCACUAGUCCUUGAUUUUUGGAUGUCAAGACCUGCCUUAGCUAGACCCCUAUUAAGACUUGGGGUCUUAGUGAAGGAAAAACUGGAAUCUCAGAGCAGAGAAAGUGAAGGGCACUGGUAAAAAUAAUUGAACCCUGCUUGAAGGGAGGGAGCCGUGGGAACACUGAAUUGGACUCUAGGUGAUAUAGGGGACUAUCCUGAGAGACUGUUUUUUUAGGAAUAUGUACUUAGGGAGUGGCAGGAUGCGUUGAAGAUGCAAAAGUUGUCAGAAAGAUGUACAAUGACAGGACUGGACUGAUAGUAAGAGAAAAGUUGUUGGGGAUAAGGGCAGGUUUUAAUAAGACUACCCCUUUAUUCCCAACAAAGACACCAGGCUUCUUAGGAAUAAAGGAGAAAUCAAGCUCCUUGGGAGGUGGGUGACGGUGAAGGAAGAAUUGGAAUACCUUAAGUGUUGUGCUGGAGAAAUGUGGGGAGAUUUUUGAAGUGGGGAAUUUUGUCAGUUGAGAAUGGGAACAUUUAAAACAGGAAAAAUACAAAGCAACGUGAAGAGCAGAAAUGCUUUCUGUGAAGGGAGAACUACUUAGAGUAAAAUUCAGUAGUUAUGGAGUUAACAUAUUUGUUUGUGUAGACAUCAGGAUUAAGAACCCUGAAGUUCACUUGAAGAAAGUCUCAUUUGGGGCCAAGAAAGGGAAUGAGGCAAGAAAUAGGUGGCUUAUUUCUUUGAGAAAGAAGCUUCCUGCAGGCAACCUCAGGAUUGGUUGAUAUCUAUUUGCUAUUUUGGAGGUUUUAGUUCUAUUUGGUAUGUUUUUGUGGUUUCUCCCCUUUUCACUUCCUGCUCAAAUCCACUGAUAGUGUUACAUUAUUUCCAGAAGGAUGAAAUGCCCCUUUUCCAAGAGAAUUAUUCACAAACUGUUUGGCUGGAGGAAAAGGUGCAUGGCUAAUUCGGCAUUUGUAGUUAGUAAUGGCUUGAGCUAAACUCCUCUAACUGAAAGGCAUUCCCUACUUCUUCGAAGGAGAGAGUACUGAAGAAAAUAUGGCAAGUGAUUGGGUGUUUGCUUCAAAAGUUUCAACAACUCAGCUUUGCAACUACCAGCUACAAGCUCUUUUCUCGAUUGCACUAUGAAAAAGCUGCAGAUGGGAUGGACUUGCAGAACCAAAAGCCAUUUUUUUCAAAUGAAGAUAACUGAAAGAGUUUGAUCUUCAUUGCUUUCUAAUCACAAUUGAGAUUUUCCCCACAGAAAUAGAAUGGCAAGCAAAAGAAAAUCAACAACACCUUGCAUGGUCCUUGCCAGUGAACAGGAUCUGGACCUAGAAUUGAUAUCAGACUUGGAUGAAGGUCCCCCUGUACUUACACCAAUAGAAAACACAGCAGCAGAAAGUAUCUCAAGUGAUGAAGAUGUACAAGAACUUGUAGAUUCUGACAAUCAGCAAAAUAAAAAAGUUGAAGGUGGCUAUGAAUGUAAAUAUUGUACUUUUCAAACACCAGAUCUUAACAUGUUUACCUUUCAUGUAGAUUCAGAGCAUCCCAAUGUAGUGUUAAAUUCAUCCUAUGUUUGUGUUGAAUGCAAUUUUCUUACCAAAAGAUAUGAUGCGCUUUCUGAGCAUAAUUUGAAAUAUCAUCCUGGAGAAGAGAAUUUUAAGCUGACUAUGGUGAAACGAAAUAAUCAGACAAUCUUUGAGCAAACAAUUAAUGAUCUGACUUUUGAUGGUAGUUUUGUUAAAGAGGAGAAUUCAGAUCAGGUAGAAUCUAUAGAAACUCCCUCAUCAGGGAUUUCUAUCAGCAAAACUCCUAUAAUGAAAAUGAUGAAAAAUAAAGUAGAGAAUAAACGAAUUGCAGUUUUCCAUAACUCUGAAGACAUUCCAGAAGAAAAAGAGAAUGAAACUAAAUCAGGUCAUGAAGAAGUAGUAAAAAAUCCAACUUCAUCAGCAUCUGAGUCUAAUACAAGUACUUCUAUUGUAAAUAGUAUACAUCCUAAUACCACAAACACAGUAGUUACCCCAGCAGCAGUUCUUCAACCUGGGCUAGCACAGGUGAUAACAGCAGCUGUAUCAGCUCAGCAGAAUUCUAACUUGAUUCCUAAAGUUUUAAUCCCUCUUAACAGCAUUCCUACCUACAAUGCUGCUUUGGAUAACAAUCCCCUUUUGCUCAACACCUACAACAAAUUCCCUUAUCCAACAAUGUCUGAAAUUACAGUUCUAUCUGCUCAAGCAAAAUAUACAGAGGAACAAAUCAAAAUAUGGUUUUCAGCCCAACGCUUGAAACAUGGUGUUAGUUGGACUCCAGAAGAAGUAGAGGAGGCAAGGAGAAAACAGUUCAAUGGCACAGUGCAUACUGUACCACAAACAAUAACAGUGAUUCCUACACACAUUUCAGCAGCUAGUAAUGGGUUACCUUCCAUUUUGCAGACAUGCCAAAUAGUUGGUCAGCCAGGUCUGGUCCUUACACAAGUAGCUGGCACCAACCAAUUGCCAGUAACAACACCUAUAGCUUUGACAGUUGCAGGAGUUCCCAAUCAAACUCAUAUGCAGAAAAGUCAUAUGCAUAGUGCUCAGCCUAUUGCAGAAACAAAGCCAGUAGCUGCAACCCCAGCCCCAACCCCUGCCCCAGCCCCAGCCCCAGCCCCAGCCCCAGCCCCAGCCCCAGCCUCAGCCCCAGCCUCAACCCCAGCCCCUGCCCCAGCCCCUGCCCCAGCCCCAGCCCCAGCCCCAGUCCCAGCCCCAGCUCCAGCCCCAGCCCCAGCCCCAGCCCCAGCCUCAGCUUCAGCUCCAACUCAGUUAAUCAAGCAUGAAACUGCAUUGGUGAAUCCUGAUUCAUUUGGUAUCCGGGCAAAAAAGACAAAAGAACAGCUGGCAGAAUUAAAAGUUAGCUACCUUAAAAAUCAGUUUCCUCAUGACUCAGAGGUGAUCAGGCUCAUGAAAAUAACAGGGCUGACUAAAGGCGAGAUCAAAAAGUGGUUUAGUGACACAAGGUAUAACCAGAGAAAUUCCAAGAGUAAUCAGUGUAUCCAUCUCAACAGUGAAGCUUGUACCCCAAUCGUUAUAGACUCUAGUGAUGAGACUGCAGAAUCCCCAACAGUUGUUGCUCCACAGCCUAAACAUCUGGGAAAUUCUUUCCCUGACUUUACUUUACAAAAAUUUAAAGAGAAAACUUCAGAGCAGCUUCGAGUCCUCCAAGCAAGUUUCCUCAAUAACCCCGUACUUACUGAUGAAGAAUUGAACAGGUUAAGAGCACAAACCAAACUUACCAGGAGAGAAAUUGAUGCUUGGUUUACAGAGAGAAAGAAAUCUAAAGCUCCAAAGGAAGAGAAAACAGAAAUAGAUGAAAGCAAUGCAGGCAGUUCCAAAGAAGAAGCUGGAGAAACUUCUCCUCGAGAUGAAUCUGCGGCACCUAAAUCAGUGACCACCACAAACAAAGUGUGUAAAAAAUCACCAGAGCAGUUGCACAUACUUAAAAGUGCAUUUGUUCGAACACAGUGGCCAUCACCAGAAGAAUAUGACAAGCUGGCUGAGGAAAGUGGGCUUGCUAGAACAGAUAUCGUCAGUUGGUUUGGAGAUACACGAUAUGCUUGGAAAAAUGGGAAUUUAAAAUGGUACUAUUACUAUCAGAGUGCCAGUUCAAAUAGUAUGAAUGGACAGGCUUCCUUUAGGAGAAGGGGGAGAGGAAGACCAAAGGGAAGAGGAAGGGGAAGACCUCGUGGACGGCCUAGAGGAAGCAAAAGGCUAAACAACUGGGACCGUGGACCAUCACUCAUAAAAUUUAAAACUGGAACUGCAAUACUUAAGGAUUAUUACAUGAAGCACAAAUUUCUUAAUGAGCAAGACCUUGAUGAACUUGUUGCCAAAUCACAUAUGGGUUAUGAGCAGGUCAGAGAGUGGUUUGCAGAAAGACAAAGAAGAUCUGAGUUAGGAAUAGAGCUAUUUGAGGAGAAUGAAGAUGAGGAGGAGGUAAUAGAUGAUCAGGAAGAGGAUGAUGAAGAAACAGAUGACAGUGACACCUGGGAACCCCCACGGCAUGUUAAGAGGAAACUCUCUAAAUCAGAUGAUUAAAAUGUAAGUGUUUUAAUAUAUGUAUAUGCACAUUUCAUCUAUAUACAUUUGGAAAUGUCACUUUGUUUAAAUGACCUUCAGAUGUAACAACUUCUAGGGUUACUUUUCCUUUAUCUAAUGAAGGAAUCAGAUUCUAUUAGCAUGGCCAACAAAUACUUUGUUCCUAAAUUAGCUAAAAAGAAUAUGCUUAUUCUCAUACUGAGACUGAGUAUUUUCUAUUACAUCCACAAUUAGUGGCCCCCAGUGUCAUUUAGUAGUAAAAUGGUUUAAAGUAUAUAUCUCUUUUCCCACUGAAUAUUAUAUGUAAAUGUAUUUUAAUUGUUUUAGCUUUUUACACACUCCUUUGGGGGAGGGGACUUGAUAAUCAAAACUAGAAAUUACUAAAAUGUGUUUAUUUCUCUUUUUUUUUUUGCAACCCACCCUUCACUAAAGCUUCAUUUUUUGCCUAUUUAAGGAAAGAAUUCAAAAACGAAAACUAAAAAGAAGGGGAAAAGUAUAUCCGAAGGAAAGAAUAACUACAGGGGUGAGGAUUGCUCAGUUUUAGGAAACUAGGUGAAAAUAGGUAUUUGUUUAUUUUUUUCUCGUUGUGUUUCAGGUUUUACUGAACCCUAACUUGUUUCCCCUCACCCACUAAAUUUAUUAGCCUUUUAGUUUAGAAUUUAAGAUGCUUCAUGUACUAAGAGUAGUCAUCUGUUCAAUUAAAAACCAACAGAUCUAUUCCAUGCCAUAUUAGAAUUCAUAUUUGAUUAGGCAGUUGUUUUGUUUUUUGAGAUUUGCUUUUGAAAGCUGUAAGAUGAAUUUAUUAUCUAUAGUAUGUCCUUGGUGUCUCGGAGAUCAAAUACUUGCAAUUCUCCUUGUAAUGGGAUCUCCAGAGUAAACUAAAGUGUCUCAUCAUAAAAAGAGCUUACACUUCUAUAGUGUGUAGCAGUUCUCAGUAUUUUUCUUGUGAAAACCCUGGGAGAUAAAGGAUUUAUCACUCCCACAUUGUAGAUGAGAUCAAGGCUUGCAGGUGUGGAAUCACCUGGGAGAUUACAGAGCUGAAACUUGUGCCAGCAGUUUGGCUCCAGUGGUUUUAUUCAACUUACCUCCCAAAUGAAGGCUUUGUCUAGACUGUGAACCCAGAAUCUCAUAGAAUUAAAUACUCCUAGACCAAUAAAACUUUCCAUUUGUUUAAAGCCUGGCCAUUUCCCUCUGCAAAAUUCAGUUGUUUAUAACUUUUCUGUAGUUUUAAAUUGGAAAAGUUAUUUCCGGUUAGAAAUGUAGAUUCUUAAAAGUUCUCACUGUCAAUAUUCAUCCAUAUAGUUAUCUUAGAUUAUUAGGCGUUCUUCUGUUUUUCUUUUCUUAAUAUUUUGAAACAUUUUGUUUAUUUCAAAGAUAGACAUGCAGUUUAAAAAACAACAGUAAUCAUAAAAUGUUAGUGUAUCUAUCUAUACCAAGGACUAUGGUUGGACAUUCACAUAAAGUAGCAUUAUACUGUCUGAUAAUAUUGUAAUGUUCUCAGAAUGGGGGAGGGAAAAGAUCCUUUUCUCACUAUUGUGCACAUGAUAUAUAAAUACAUAGUUGUCUCUUUCCUUAGCCCAUUCUCCUUCAUUCCCUAACCUCUAACUUUCUUCUCCCAGUCUGUUCACUCUUGCCUUUCAUGCUAUCCCCAGGUUUACAAGCAUUCUAUCUGUGAUUACCAAAAUAGCUCGUUUUCUAGUUUUAAAAAUGUAACAUUUUGGAACCAUGAAAACAGAUGAGACUAAAAAUGCAACUACUUUAUUAAAUAAUAUGAACUCCAUUUCUGAUAAUAAAGCAUAACAUAACCAUUAUAAGUUAUAACUUAAAUAUUUUGGAUAGAUUAAUCCUAAAGUUCCCUUUGCCUUUUUAUAGUCUCUGAAUUAUUUAAGCCAUCCUUCUUCUGACCCAGAUGCACAAAAUGCUUUUAACAGGCUUUUCUUUCCCUAUUAUUUCUAAAAAACAAAAUACUUAUGCAGCCAAAAUAAAUCAAGAGAAUUGCUGCUGUGUUGAUUUCUCUAUCUUAUACUCUGAUGUACUUUUUGGGAAGGGAUUGAGAUCUACUGAAAACAUGAAACUCUUUGCACUACUCUAAAAUGUAAUAUUACUUUAACAAGUUUGCAUGGGCAGUAUUUCUGUUGCAUGGUAAAUAUAAUAAUACUAAUUUUGUUCAGAAAAUUCACAUGACAACCCUACUGUUUUCAAAAAUCUUAUGUAUAUUGUAUAUGCAUUUGUGUGCCAUGUAGAUAGGGUAACUUUCUUCUAAAAUAAAUCUGGAUUUACAAAACAGAUACAUUAUAAGAGAAUUUUUAACUUUACAAAAGGACCCAUUAUAAUUUUGUUUCAAACAGUUCUGUUAGUUUAGUAAAAAUGAGUUAAUCUUACUAAAUGGCAUAAAAGAGAGUAUACCUGUGUAUACCUACAUAUAUGUACCUAUAUAUUUAUAUAUAUAUACAUAUAUGUACCUAUAUACAUAUAUAGGUACAUAUAUAUAUAUAUAUAUGUCAGUCUUGCAGAUAAAAAGCAUACUAGUUCCUAUGCCCCAUAAUGCUCCCCUCUAUAUACAUAUACACACAUUUAUAAAUACAUGAAACAAAUAAAUAGAAUCUACUUUUUUAAACUAAUCAUCUUUGAUAAAUCAUUAUAGGCCCUACUCAUAAGUAAAAGUUAUUAUAUGCAAGGUUUAUGUAUAUAGUUUAUACAUAUAUUAGUUACACAUGAAAUCUAAUGCAUUUUAUAAACUCUGGAUGGCAAGUAAUUUCACUAAUAACCAGAAAGAAUAAAAGAUGUAUUCACUUUUAGUUAACUUUUCCUGUAGUUAUCAUGUCUAAAGUACUUUAAGAAAAAUCCAGAUAUGGUUGUGACUAACAUUUUUUCUUGACUUUUUCAGUCUCAUGUUUUUCCUUUAUAGUUACCAACAGUGGUGAAGGGGACUCAAUUCUUGAAAUCAAGAUAUCUGAUUAACUGUGAAUGGGCCUAAUCUUUUAUGAAACUGAGAAUAUUUUUGGAUAUACACACAUUUCUCAUAACAUAGGAUUGAAUACUCGAAAGGAAUGGAACUUAGUGUUGUGCCAAAGUUAAACUACUGCAGUUGGCGGAAGUUCUGCACUGUAAAUAGAACACUGAUUAAAAGACAACUUGUAAAAAUUCAGAUUUUAAUACAAUACAUUUUUAUUCUGAUCCAGGAUGGAAACAUUCUGUUUCUUAGGCUUUUUUGAGGGAAUUAAGUGACCACUAGCUUUUGUCCUCUUAUAAUUUUGUCCCGCUUAAUACUGUAUGUUCUAGUAAGAUGGGCUUUAUCGCCUGUGUUAUUUGAUAUGUGAUUAAGCUUAUAGCUUUGAGUGACCAACAUUUUACAGAGUAAAAGUUCUUAGAAACAGUAAAAAAAAAAUCAAAAAACAAAACAAAAAACAACUGAUUUAUUUCUGUGUCUUAUUUAUCAGGCCCUGUACUAAUGUUGAAAGUUGUACCUGUGCUUGUACAACUUAUACAUAAAUGAAAAUGCAGCAUAUUUAUACAUUUUGGAACCCUAAGUCACAGGGCCUAUGUCAUUGGCUUUUUCAAGUUGAAGACAUCAUUGGAUGCUACUAUUAAUAUCUGUAAUGCUUCUGGUUCUACUUUAAUAAAAGACUUUUGCUUUUCAUUAAAUUGAAGAAAAUGAUGUACUGAAAAAGGGGGAAAGCCGGCAUAAGAAUUUACAGAGACUCUCUGAAAUAAACUUUGUACCAAAAAUGUGAAAAAGAAUUAUCUAGUAAAUAUAUGCUUAAUGAGUGUUUUUAACAGUAAUGUAGAAUAAUGUACAGAUAAUGCAUCAGUCCAGAAUUUUCUAGAAUUCUCAAUCAAGUUAUAUUGUGUAUAACAAUUUCAGUGGCUUUAGAAAAAAAUACCUAAACUAAUAAGUACCAUUAGCUAUUUAAAAGCUAGCUUUUGCUUGCAAAAUGUUAUAGUAUUAACAACUAUUUUUGCCAUAUCAACAGACUGAAAGUUCAUAUUAACUUAUUUGUAAAGACUGGUGCUUUUCAUUCCUAUUUAGGGAGACACUUUUGUUUGUGACUGUAGGACCAUUUAAAAAAAUAUGCUGUCUUCAUGAAGGAAAAGUUUAGUUGAGUUUUUUGUUUUAAAAUGCUUUUCUGAGUGACCAGAUCUAGUGGGCUUGGCUAGUUUGUUUCACCUAAUUUAAUGAAUGAUGAAUAUUAAGCUUUUGAUUUUUACUUUAAACACUUGUCAACUAAGAAAAAGUUAUGGAGGAGCCUUGAAUAUACAUGCUGUUUUCGUUUUUAUAAAUUGUUAUUUUUUAUUUUUAAAACACAGCUUUAUAAAGUAUUUCCAAAAUACUACAAUUUAGCUGAUCUAUUCACUACAGACAUCUGGCUUUAUGGAUGGCUUUUUUUCAUACUACUGUUAACUUUUAUUUUUACGAUGUAAAGACUGCAGCAAUUUAAUGCACUAUUUUUUUCACUUUUUAAUAACUUCAUAGAGCACUCUGUAAACUAUAAUAAUUAAAUUGCUCCUUUUUUAACCUUU